AUGUUUGACAGGCGCCCCGCAGCCAAUUCCAGAACCCCUGCUGUUAAAUGGGUCAAAGAAUGGGUGCCUCAAGACCUUGUGGCAACUGGUGGGAAGUGCUUAGUACUAAAAUGGGUUAGUGAGGCCAAGUUAAAGGAAAUGAGAGAGAAGUCAAAAGAAGCAGAAGUUGCAGAACCCGAGCCUGAACCUACAACAGAAGUUCUUUUCCUUUGCAGUUUUGAAGGGUGUGGCAAGACAUUUAUUGAUGCCGGGGCACUUAGAAAGCAUUCUCAUAUUCAUGGGGAGAGGCAAUACAUUUGCCAUUAUGAGAACUGCGGAAAGAAAUUCUUGGAUAGUUCAAAACUAAAGAGGCAUUUCUUAAUUCAUACUGGAGAGAGAGACUUUGUGUGCCCACAUGACGGCUGUGGUAAGGCAUUCUCUCUUGAUUUUAAUUUAAGGUCUCACAUGAAAACACAUUCACAAGAGAACUAUCAUGUUUGCCCGUAUCCUGAGUGUGGAAAACGAUAUGCCCACGAGUACAAGCUGAAGAAUCACAUUGCCUCUCAUCAUGAAAAGCAACUCACGCAGCACAUGGCUGACCCACCCAAAUAUGUUCCUCCGCCUCCCGAAAAGCCAAUAAAAACCCCAAAGGCUCCGGCCAGCAAGCCCACAAGCCAUGCAACACCAACACCCGACCGGCCGUAUGCUUGUCCCUAUCAGGGGUGCGAUAAGGCCUACAUUCACGAGUACAAACUCAACCUUCACCUCAGGCGAGAACACCCAGGCCACUUUCCGGAAGAAAACGCCAGCAAACCAAAGGCUGCAAAAGAGAUGGAUGAAAAUAGCGACCAGGAGCAGCCUUAUUCUGGGGGAAAACGUAAAGUUCCAAAACAACUAAACAGGCAGAGGCCAAAUGUCAAGCGGCCUCCAGCAAAAGCCCCUCAGCGGAAAGGCUCGACUGCUGUUGCUGGUGGACCUUUGGGUGUUAGUUUGUCGAGUGUCGUGAGAAACCAGUGGGCAACCAAGGAGGAGGUGUAUGAGGAAGAAGAUAGUGAAGAAACUGAGGAGGAACGGGAUAAUGUUGGAGCCGGGUGGAGAUAUGCAGAGAACAACGAGGAGGAUGACGAGGAGACCGAGUAUGAGGAUUGA